GCUGUCAAGCAGCAACAAGCGAAGCGCGCUUUUGAUUAUUUUCAGAAACGGUUAUUGUAUUUGUAUGUAAAAACUUAAAAAAUCCGAACUGCUUUAUUUCAAUUAUUACCAUAUAACAUGCAGAAAACAAAAAAGAAGAAGGGAGAUGAAGAACCUAUGGAAGUAGAUGAAUCUUCAGCACCUAACGGGGAUACAGAAAAUCCUGAUGAUAAUGCUAUGAACGGUGAUAUUGAUCAUAUAUCUGACGACGAAGAAGGUGGAGUGCGUAUUGGAGAUAUUUACAUUCCUCCGGCACCAAAACCGGCGCUAACAUUCGACGCUACAGGCCCUAGGCUUCUCAUAACUCAUAUUGUCAAUGAGAACUUCAAAAGUUACGCCGGUGUUCAAACUCUGGGUCCCUUUCACAAAAGUUUUACAGCAAUAAUUGGCCCCAAUGGCAGUGGCAAGAGUAAUGUCAUUGAUUCCAUGCUGUUUGUGUUUGGUUACCGAGCCACCAAGAUCCGGUCCAAGAAGAUAUCUGUGUUGAUACACUCUUCAAGCAAGUACCCUAACAUCAACAGUGCGAGUGUAGCCGUGCACUUCUGUCAAAUCAUAGAUGGGGAAGGCGAAGACUUCACAGUGGUCCCAAACAGCGAAAUAGUCGUGACCAGGACGGCUUUCAAAGACAACUCGUCUUUCUACACGCUGAACAACAAGAGGGUGCAGUUCAAGGAAGUGGCCAAGAUGUUGAGGUCGCACGGUAUCGAUUUGGAUCACAAUAGGUUUCUUAUUUUGCAGGGCGAGGUGGAACAAAUUGCGAUGAUGAAGCCGAAAGCUCAAACGGAACACGAAUCAGGAAUGCUCGAGUAUUUAGAAGACAUCAUUGGAACUUCUAGAUAUAAGGAGCCAAUAGAAAAGCUGUCCGUCCGCGUAGAAGAGUACACAGAGAUGAGGAAAGAGAAGCUAAAUCGUGUGCGAUUGGUCGAGCAGGAGAAGCAAAAGUUGGAACAGCCAAUGAGAGAAGCGGUGGAACAGAUGAACUUGACUAACACCACGUUGAGGACUAGGAAUAUGCUGUUACAGAAGUAUAUACACGAAACGAAUAAGAUAAUCGAGAACAAAGAGAAGGAGAUGGACGAAUUGAAACAGAACUUGAAUAAUAUUGACGAGAAGUUGAACAAAAUCAAAGAAGAAUUGCAGGAGAAAAAUUCUGUACUCAAAAAUGGAAUGCAAAAAUACGACAAGCUACAAAAGAGAAAAGAGGAACUGACCGAGAAACUACAGGUGUGCAAAAAGAAAACUGUCUCCGUAGUAGCCGAUACCACGCAGGGAAAUAAGAAGAAGAAGAAUUUGGACCAAUUGCUUGAACAGGAGAAAGGGAAGCUUAUCGAUUUGGAACUGAUUCCCGAGAAAAACAAACGAGAAAUAGAGGAGUGCGAGAAAUUGUUAGCGAAACACAAGGAGAGUAAGAAACAGGCAGAAGAAGAACUUCAAACUGUCAUGGCGGGCGUCAGGUCCAAGACACAAGGCUUGCAAGAAACUAAAGACAAGUUGCAAGCUAAACUCAUGGACCUCAAGAAAAUUGUGGACGAAGCGAACAAACAAUAUAAGUUAGCGGAAUCCGAAUUGAAGAUAUACUUGAGUACAGAAGAGAAAGAGAGUGAGAAACUCGAGAAAUUGAAGGAAGCGUAUGAAAAAGCAGAAAGCGACCUUAAAGAAAAGAAAAACCUUCAAAAGGAGUUGGCAUCAACAGUGCCCACGACCGAGAAACAGUUGCUAGAAGUCCAGGCGAAAUUGCAGACUUUGAAGAAAGAGGAAUCCAGUGUUGCCAGUGAAGCGAGAUCAUUGAGGGCACAACUAGAGGAGUGCCGGCAAGCAAUGAGCGCGAACAAAUCCCGCGGGAGAGUGCUGGAUGCGCUCAUGAAGGAGAAGCAGCAGGGCACGCUGCCGGGAAUAUUCGGGAGGCUGGGCGACCUAGGCGGCAUUGACUCGAAAUACGACGUCGCAAUAUCGACAUGUUGCGGCGCCUUGGACAACAUAGUGUGCGACACCGUGGACACCGCGCAGGCGUGCGUGGAGCACCUCAAGCGGCACGACAUCGGACGCGCCACCUUCAUAGCUUUGGACAAACAGCAGCAUCUGAAGCAGCAUUACGAGAAGAAAGUCACAUACCCAGAAAACGCACCCCGUCUCUUCGACCUGGUCAAAGUGAAGGAUUCCCGGGUGUUGCCCGCAUUCUAUUUCGCGUUACGCGACACUUUAGUAGCAACGGAUUUGGAACAAGCGUCGCGGAUCGCAUACGGUGCUACAAGAUAUAGAGUUGUCACUUUGAAAGGGGAUGUCAUCGAAAUUGCUGGAACAAUGUCCGGCGGCGGUAGAAGCGCGCUGCGCGGGCGCAUGUCCAGCGCCGUGCAGCACGACACCAGCGGCCGCGAGCGCGACCCCGCGCUCGAGCGGCGGCUGGGGGGGCUGGAGACUAGACUAACAGAACUGCGCAGUGAACAAGUGAAUCUAGAAGAUUCUGUGGUAUCUUUACAAAAGAACGCUCGGGAAGGGAAAACCACUUUGAACAAACUCAAUAUUGAAUUGAAGAGUUUGACUGAACAUGUGCCCGUUUUGAAGAGUCAAAUAAAACAGCAAGAAAACAAAGCGAAGUCGAGCAAAGUGGACGAGAGGCAGAAAGCCAAAUUGGAGGCCGCAUUGAAAAACGCCGAGGAGAAACUGGAGAAGGCGAAAUAUGACGCGGGAGAGGUAGAAAAAGAGGUCCACGGUGUAGACGCCCAAAUUUCGGCCGUAGCGGGCGGCAAAGUGAAGGAUUUACAGAAAAAUGUGGACGAAUUGACCAAGAAGAUUGAUAAGAUCUCUACGGAAAUCACUAAGCUUAGGGUCGCUAUCAACACUAGUAUAAGAAAUGCGAAGAAGUCGAAAGACAAAAUAAACCAAAUGGAGGCGGAUUACAAGGAGACUGAGAAGAAUUUGGAGAACUGGAGCAACCAGAAAAAGCAGCUGACGCUUGAAAAUUCAGAACUACAGAAGGAAUUGGAAGAGUUAGAUGAACAAAUAAACGAGGGCACAGGGGAAUUCUCCGAACUGAAGCAAGAGAUAUCCAAACUACAAAGCAAAGAGAACAAAGUGAAGAGCGAACGGUUGGAAGCGAAUAAUGCAGUGGAGAAGAUGAACAAGACUAUACAGGAUUGUAGGAGCAAGACCCCGAUGUGGGAGAAGGAGCUGAAAACUUUAAAACUUGAAGAUCCCGGUCUCGACGGUAUUCCCGGAAUUGAGAGACCGGAACCAUUGGCCAAGCAUACUCCUGAAGAAUUGGAAGAGGCGUCCGUGGAAGAGCUGAGGAACAGGUUGGCCGCCCAGAAAGCGAGAUUGGGUGACGCCAAGCCCAAUAUACAGGCUAUACAAGAUUACAAGACAAAAGAGGAGUUAUAUCUGAAACGGGCGGCUGAAUUGGACGAGAUCACUACGAAGAGAAACGAAAUGAGGGCUUUAUACGAUCAACUGAGGAAGAAACGCACCACUGACUUCUUAUGCGGUUUCAACACAAUAACGAGUAAACUGAAGGAAAUGUACCAGAUGAUCACUUUGGGAGGCGACGCUGAGUUAGAAUUGGUGGACUCUCUUGACCCUUUCACAGAAGGCAUUAUAUUUAGUGUCCGCCCCCCAAACAAGUCUUGGAAGAACAUUUCUAACCUCUCCGGAGGCGAGAAGACGCUCUCCUCCCUAGCGCUGGUGUUCGCGUUACAUUACUACAAACCCACGCCCUUGUACGUCAUGGAUGAGAUCGACGCGGCGUUGGACUUCAAAAAUGUGUCGAUCGUCGCUAAUUAUAUCAAGGAACGAACGAGAAACGCGCAGUUCAUAAUAAUAUCUCUCCGGUACAACAUGUUCGAGGUUUCGAACCGUCUCGUCGGCAUUUACAAGACGGAGGACUGCACUAAAUCUGUUACAAUUGAGAACAAAGUUCCGGAACAAAUAAAUGACGUUGCUGCUUAGAAGAAU